AUGGCUGACACAGAGAUGGAAGUCGAUCAGGUCGAGCAGCCCGAGGCCAGCUCCACCGAACCCAAGGUCAGCGACGCGCGCACCAUUGCGGGCGCAACAGCCGUGCGCUCAAUCGAGGGGUGGAUUAUCAUUGUCACAAACGUGCACGAGGAGGCUACAGAGGAGGAUGUGCAGGAUAUGUUUGGCGAAUUCGGUACCAUCAAGAACCUGCACAUGAACCUAGACCGCCGGACAGGUUACGUGAAGGGAUAUAUCCUCAUCGAAUAUUCUACUCUCGACGAAGCGAACGCCGCCAUCAAGGGCGCCAAUGGUGAAGAGCUUCUUGAACAGAAGGUCACUGUCGACUUUGCCUUCGUUCGACCCCCACCAGCGAGCAAGGGACGCCCUCGCGACCACGAUAAGCGGUCGAGCGGACGUGGUGCAGGACGAGCGAGAAGCAGGAGUCCUGGUCGUGACGGCUCGGAUAUGGAGGAUUAG